AUGAGCAGUCACCGCGAUCGUCGCGUUUACGACGAUCGAAAGAAUCAAACUUUGUUCACGACCAACGAGAACAACACCACCAACAACAAGGAGAAUUUUGUUGGGAAGAGUUUCAAAGAAGAAGAGACCAAUACAACGAAGAAUACUACGAACGACGAGAAAGAUAAAGGUUUAUCCGACUACGUUCCAAAAGUAAUCGGUGGUGGUUCUUCUACUACUGCGACCAUCUCUUUGAACAACGCUCAAGGACAGCGGGAAAACAUGACGCAAACCAUCACGACCAACGUGCGCUCCUCGCGCGACCGAGGCUCGUGGGAAGGCGUUUUAGGCGAGUAUUUGAAACAUAAAGGCGAUACGCCGUGGAGAGAGAAAUCGAGUCGCGUGGAAAGAGCGACGGCGGUGAGAGCGAACCCGACGUCACCGCAAGCGUGGUUGGAGUUUUUAGAGGGGGAGGAAGGCAUGUUUGCGGAGAAAAUGACUGGGAAAGUAAACGUGGUGACCGGAUCGAGAAACGGCGUAUCGCUGUAUCGGUUGUACGAGUUGGCGACGAAAACGCUGCCGAGAAGUGGGAACGCGAAGAACGAAGAUUAUUUGAGAGUGUAUUUAGGUUACGCGAGACAACAAAUGGUUCACAACACGGACGACGCGAGAGAUACGUUUAAGUUUUUGAAGUCGCAAGGCAUCGGGCAGACGCACGCGAUUUUUUGGUGCGAGUGGGCGGCGUUUGGCGGGCAAUUGAAAGGCGACGAGAAAGCGAUUAAAAUCUUGAAGAAAGGGUUAGAAGCGAAUUGUGAACCGAAAGAGGCGUUGGAGAUUAUGCUGGAAGACGUGCAAGGGAAGAAUAUUGAUUUUACGACGGCGAUUCCGUCGCCCUACGUGAGAGACGUGACGGAAGGCGGAAGAACGGCGACGUUGCACGGCGGGGCGAGAAUGAUGAGCAACAAUACCACGAGCGCGAUGAAGAAACCACCGUCGGCGAUGAAACCGUUGACGUUUGACUCGAAACCGAUGGUGUCGCACACCGCGGCGAGACGGCGACAGAGUGGGUACGUGCACGAUCCGACGCUGAUGAACACCACCACGGGGUGUUUGACUUCUCAGCAACCGACGAUGACGCAACCGACGCAUCAUCACACAUCCACCACGAGUUCGAGUUUGAGCGGCGACCGCACCAAUGCUGGCAAUACGGUCACAACGGUAGCAACAGUGGGGAAUAAUCACGCGCAUGCGACGCCUACCAUCACCACCACCAACAACAAUAAUAAUAAUAAUCCGCUCACGGCUCAGAAAACAGAAAGUUUGCGCGCGCGACUAGCGGCGGCAUUAGAAUCGAGCAAAAAAUCAGCCACGACGACAACUACGGUCACGCGACCGGUCAUGGCAACAACACUAACAGCAGCAGCAGAAGGUAAUAGUAGUAAGAAUAAGAAUGAAUCGAGCUCCUCGGCGGCGCAUCCAACAUCGAACGCGCAAGCGCCGGUGAGCAAGAAGCAACCAACAUCAUCAUCUUCCAAACAGCCGUUAAAGCGGGAAGACGAUCAACAUAUAGUCGUGAAUGGCGCGAGAUACGCCAAGUUAGAGUGUAUCGGCCAAGGCGGCACGUGUAAGGUAUAUAAAGUCGUCUCGCAAAAGAGGAAGAUCAUGGCGUUGAAGAGGAUUCGUUUACAAGGCAAGCAGAAGGAAACCGUGGAUGGCUUCAUCGAUGAAAUCAAACUCUUGAAACGUCUUCGAGGGAAAGAUAACAUCGUUCAAAUCGUCGACGCGGAAGUCUGUCCAAACGAAGGGUUAAUCUUAGUGGUUUUGGAGUUUGGGGAGAUUGAUUUAGCGAAAAUGUUGAACAAGCGCGAGCGCCAACGCGCGGAGAGCGGCCACGCGCAACUCGUAGACGACAAUUUCAUGCGUCUCUAUUUCGAGCAAAUGGUCGAAGCGGUGAAAACUAUACACGAAGCUCGAAUCGUGCACUCGGAUUUGAAACCUGCUAACUUUCUCUUCGUCGAAGGAACUCUGAAACUUAUCGAUUUCGGUAUCGCGAAGGCUAUCAAUCACAACCAAGCGCCGAAUCACACGAACAUCGUUCGCGACCAUCAAGUUGGUACCAUCAAUUACAUGUCCCCGGAAGCUAUUCUCAACGGACAAAAAUCCGCCUACGGCGAUAUGAUUCCAGUCGGAAGAGCCAGCGAUAUUUGGUCGUUAGGGUGCAUCUUAUACCAAAUGGCAUACGGACACACGCCGUUUAGCAAAAUAAACGGCUUGGUACAAAAGCUCCACGCAAUCACCGACCCGAACCAUACCAUCGAAUUCCCUCCGUUACCGGUUAAAAACGAUCACUUGAUUGAUUUAAUGAAGCGAUGUUUAGAGCGGCGAGUGGAGAAUAGAAUAGAGGUUCCAGAUAUUCUCAGACACCCGUAUUUACGCCCGGAAGAAGCGGCGGCGAGUUUGAACACGAGCACCUCCUCCGACGACGCCGAAAAAGCGAACAACGGCGCCGGCGGUUUGAGCAUGCAACAACUCCAACAACUUCUCACUCAACUCUCCACGAACAACACCGAUAACGCCAUCGACGUCAACGCGUUAUCCUCGCACGUGUUCGCGCAAAUCGCCGCCGGUCAAAACGUUUCCGUCUCGCCUCUUUUACGUAAGAGAACGAGCGGGAGCGGUUUGUCGCCGCUCAGCGAAGAGGACGAAAAUCUCAGAGCAUCAUCAUCACCAUCAUCCGGGUCCUCGCCGAUGGAAACGACUGAAUAA